CAUAAACAAUCAUGAUGGCUGCCGUCAGAGAAGAGAGAGACAUUGAGCUUGAGGAGGGAGAAUGCAGCGAUUCUGAUGACAAUCAGAAUGAUUGUGAUAUUGAUGAUAUGGCAACUGCAUCUGCUCCCACAGUGCCAAUCAAGGCAUUGGGCAUGGAUACUGCAUACCGAUCAAGGAUACCUCAGAUUGUGAUCAAUUCAGAUGACAGUGGUGAUAGCGAUGAUGACUAUCCUUCAGUGAUGAAAAGAUCUAGAAAUCCAGCUUCUGCCUUUCACAAGAAUCCAAUAGACUCUGGACACACAGAUUCCACUCAACCGUUUGUGAAUCCUUUAUUAGCAAGUGAAUCAGUAGGCUCUGUCAGUUUUGGUUGUGGGCAAAAGAAAAGGAAAAAUAGUAUUUGGGGCUCAGUGUUAACAGAGCAGGUUCUGUCUCAAGACAUCAAGGGCUUUGGUGUGGACAAGCCAGACGUAUCCAUGGAGACCCGUGAUGUUGAAAGUUAUGAUUAUUUGAAAGCUCUUGAAGACGACAGACCAGAAAUCAAUUUAGAGUCUCAGGAUGUAGACAGUUCCAAAGAGGACAUUUUUGGUGGUGUUGUUGAUUUAGAAAGAGAGGUUAAGAGGCAUGAAAAUCGUAAACGGAAAAGAAAUGCCAAAGAAAGACUUGGAAGACGGUCAUAUAACAAACACAAGGCAAGAGACCUUGGAGUCACUGAAGAGAGUGAAGGAACUGAGGUAGUCAGGGCGAUCACUGAAGCCUUGAAAGAAGAAAACGUUGACCUCUUCACAAAAAUUGUGGAAAUAGUUGGCACUGGGGUUGCUCUCAGGGUGUUUCACAUGACGGAAGAUGUAGAGAGUGCGGGAGGCAUGAUGACCAAUGAUGGGUAUAGGCGCCGCACUCCCGGAGGUGUCUACAUCCAGUUGCUGAAAACAGAUGCCUCGGUAUCCAAAGAACAGCUGUCACACAUCUUUGAAGCUGAUGAACAGCGAUGGAAAGAGAAAUUAAAACGAGAAAGGAAACUUAUAAAAGCUGCACGCAAGCAAAGGCGCAAACAGAGAAAGCAAGCUACCAUGGACCUAGACCGGCCUGAAACACCCACGCCCACAGAGGAUCUGGAGGUUCUGAGUGCCUUGGAUGGAAACAACGAUUUUGACACUGGAGACUUCCCUGAGCGGCCUGCCACCCCAGAGCCUAAAGACGACUCCUCAGAUGGAGAGAAUGGCAAUGAGGACGAGGAUGAUGAAGAAGACGAUGAAAAAGAAGAGGAUAUUUCUUUGGUCAUAGCUAGGGCGAAAGCAGCGAUUCUCAAGAGGCAGAGGGAGUUGGCCAAUGCUCCACCUCAGGACACGAGCAGUGAGAUGGGUGAGGAGAGCGUGUCGUCUCCAUCUUGUCGUAGUGUGGCCAGCAUGAAGGAUGUGGAGGCCAAAGACUCUGGUAUGAUGGGAACUCCCUUGACAGCUGAUGAUGGAGAUAGUAGGGAUAUGGACGAUGCUUAAUUCUUUGAACCCGAAAUCCUGCUGUGAUGGGGACAGCUCUAGCUUCCCUUUGCUCCGAGGGGUCCCUCUUUAGAGUUUUAGGCAACACCCCUUCCUGUUUGUGCAAGUCUAUUUCUAUUCAAUGAGAAUAUAAAGAGGUAUUCAGUGUGGGAUUGAAGCAGGAAGUAAUCAAGAGUCUUUGUUGUGAAAUUUGAUGGAAAGAAGUUUGUUUGAAACUGUUUAUGAAAUGUUUGAUCUAAUGAUCAGUCCUAGCCAUCAACAUCAGGGAUAGGUGCUCAGGUGUGAGGUCACUGUCAGUUCAGGGAUUCUGGGUUCAAAGGGUUAAAUAUCUUUCCUAUGGAAAGAGAUCUGACGUGGCAGUGGAACAUUGUGAUGCUUUUUUGCGCCAUGGUACAACUGAAUGUAGUUAUCAUGAGUCUGUGUUCAAAAUAUUACUGCAUUAUUUGUACAAUGAGUAUAAUAAUGUAAAUUUUCUUCCUCUCUGUUUUAUGUUGUCAGUAUUUUUUCUUCACUUGUUCUUUUUUUUUUGGUAUGUUUGUGAAGGAUGAAUGAUUUUAUAUCUAGGGCAUUCCUGAAAACAUUUUUUACAUACAUUUUUGGGGUAAGUGUAAACUUCCUUUCAAAACAAAAUGUGUACUCAUGCUUCAUUUACAUCUUCUUUCAAUGGAUGAGUUCAAGCAGAAGAUAGUACCAUACACAAUGUGUACCUCUCCAUGCUUGUAUGUGCUUCUUGUUUCCCUAAUAGCGUGCUGCCUUAGUGAAAGUGCAGGAGUGGUGUCUAUGGUGUAGCGGUCAGACGUUUCAUUUCCAUUUUCAGUGCCUGUUAUUCUUUGUAACUAUUUUUCUUGUUGGCAGUAAAGUAAUUGGGCAUUACUUCCCUUAUUCUGCUGCUGUACGCUUGUUGAAACUGGAUUGUUUUUGCUUUCCUUACACUGCAAGUAUUUGUAAUUGUUUCUGGUAAGCUUACUUUUCAAUUUCAUGCUUUUUAAAGUUAAUAAUAGUCAGAGAAUAUAGAGAGCUCUAGAACUAGUUUUGAUUUUUUUUAAAAACAAACUAGGCUCCGAGCACCUUACAAAUACGGGUAGCUGCACAAAGACAAUAUGUCGUGUUCUGACGAAAAUCUUCGUAAAUCCCUUUCAUCUAAGAUAAGAACUGACUUUUGCUGACUUUUAAAUGUAUACAUCAAUUUGACAUCUCUUAAAAUUUGAUAAAUUUCCAGGCGGUGAGUUCCAGAUGUUGGGCCCAUGAAAUACAAAUGCCCUUUCACCUUUUGUAUGUUUAAAUGCUUUUAAUAAUUUAAAAUGUGCAUGCACAGUGUGAAUUUGGUUCUCACUUGUGAUGAUGUUUUAUUGAUCAUGUCUGUCCAUUUGUUGAAGCUGGAAUUGGCCUUGACAGGUAGGGUAGAAGCUGCCUGAUUGAUUUUAUAUUGUGUCACUGGUGGCGUAAAAUGUUUACAGCAACACAAAAAGGACAGAGAUACCACCUCUCUUUACUCAUUCCUGUGAAACACAUUGUAAACACACACACACACAUCCGAGGGUGUACGUGAAUUCGCAUGCCGCAGGCUUACACACUCAUGAUGAAGGCAAUGAAUUUCUCUGUCAAGCUGUGUAGAUCGAUGUUACUAUCUUUUCAUUUGUGCCCCCUCUCUCUCUCCCUCUCUC